AGGUCCUCCUCGGUCGGCCAGCCGGUGGAGUUCGUCCAAGGCCAGUUCGCUGGUCAGACGAUGCGCGCGGAGUUACACGAACUGCAGAAGGCUGAUCUUGGGCGCAAGUACGCGAGAAAAGAUCGACGGCCCCUCGAUCCUCCACCGGUUGUGCAACUGAAGCUCUUCCGCGUAUACAAUGUUGAUACGGACCGAGAGGUCGAAGAAGAGAUCCAAAACUACGACGAAGUGCAGAAUUUUGGUCUGCUGUGCCACAUCGACCUCUUCCAAAUACCCAACAUGGAAGAUGAUAUGCCAACAGCAUUUCCCGACUCAGUGGUCCCAUCAUUUCCCAACCCUAAUGCUCCUUCCGUAUCCUUCCUUACCACUACAAGCGUAUUUCCGAAUUUCGCCGGUCCCUCGAUGCCCCAUACGCGGUAUUCAGACUCCGAUCCAGAGCUGCAGGAACGGAGCUCAUCGUUGUCCAGCUCGUUCUCGUAUGCGCCGCAGGAUUCGGAGUCGGAUAUCGUUGCGUAUAUCGGCGACUAUCCGAUCCGAGAAAGCGCCAAGUGCACGCAUGAGGUCGCCGGCGCGACGUUCGUGCAGGCAAACGAAGUCGUUCACAUAGGCAGAAAAGUGCUGAUGUUCGUCUUCUCUGAUCUAGCAGUGAAACGCGAAGGCAUGUUCAUACUGAGAUAUCGAUUUUUCGAUAUAUUCUCGAGAGCACGCGACCAUACGGAUCUCGCCGUCCUCGCUGAGUGCUAUGGGGGACCAUUCCGCGUGUACUCGACGAAGGAGUUCCCCGGGUUACAAGCCUCUACUGCUCUGACUAAGCAAAUAUCGUUAUGGGGCGUCCGGACAAAUUUGCGAGAGACCGAGCGAAAACGCCGCAAGAAG